GCCCGGCCCAUUAGUGCCGUGGUGAGAAAUCAUGUCAGGCCCGGCCACCGAUUUCCUUAUGUCCGGUGCUCCGCCACCACUGGAUCUAUCCUCCACUUCGCAAACAGAGCUUCUCCGGCUCGAUCGCCGAUCAGAUACUCUGUAGAUGCGACAAUGAAUUUUCUACUCAGAUCUACUCAUACCGUGCCUCCAGAGCGGCCAUCUCUUCAAGAAACUCCUCCUCCAGCUACCUAUUACGCGCCAAAGCCAGCAGUAACUUUGGAGGGUCUGAUUUCUGAAGAUCCAUUUCCACAAUAUUCUACUGUUGAUGAUAAUGACGAGGAGGCUGAUGCAUCUGGCGGUGAGAAUGGAAGUAUUGCUGGUCAUAGGGAGAAAAGCGGCCGUGCUAGUGUAGUGAAGCACUCUGAUGUUUCCGAGGAAGAAGGGUGGAUUACCAUUCCAUGCAAGGGUCUUCCUUGUGAUUGGAAAAAUGCAUCAGAUAUACAUUCAUUAUGCAGUAUGGACCGAUCUUUUGUUUUCCCAGGUGAACAAAUAUGUAUCUUGGCAUGUUUAUCUGCUUAUAAACAGGAUACAGAAACCAUAACUCCUUUUAAAGUUGCAGCAGUUAUGAGUAAAAAUGGAAAAUCGCAUAGUCCUAAAAAAAAAAAUGAGCACAUGGAUGAUGGAACUAAUUCCACAAAUGGGGAAAGACAUAGUACAGAUCAGAAUGGUAAAAAUCUAUUAAGCGAGAAGAUUGACCCAUCAGAGGAUGUUUCUGCCAGUGAAUCUCUUCUCCGAAUGGAAGAUCACAGACGACAAACAGAAACAUUGUUACAACGAUUUGAGAACUCUCACUUUUUUGUAAGAAUUGCCGAGUCUAGUGAUCCCCUUUGGUCAAAAAAAAGAUCUGACAAACAAAGUGACUCUGAGAUAGUGGGUCAGACCAUUAUUAAGUCCAGCAUAAAUGCAGUGAUUGAUCAAGGAGACUUUGAUUCCAAUGUCUCUGGUGGCGUAGCAAGAGGUACCUUCAAGUGCUGCUCUCUUUCUGAUGGAAGCAUAGUGGUGCUUUUACGUGUGAAUGUUGGUGUUGACAUAUUGAGAGAUCCUGUAUUGGAAAUACUUCAAUUUGAGAAAUAUCAAGAGCGGCCAAUAUCAUUUGAGAAUCAGGAUGGCUUAGGUUAUUCAAAUCUGGAUCCAUGUGGAGAAUUGUUGAAAUGGUUGCUUCCUUUGGAUAACACCAUUCCUCCUAUUUCCCGUCCUUUAUCUCCUCCCCGUUUAACUACCAAUGCAGGAAUUGGUGGCACGUCUCAAAAGUCUAGUGUUUCUUCAUCUGGCUCUCAACUCUUCUCCUUUGGCCAUUUUAGAAGCUACUCUAUGUCCUCAAUACCUCACAAUACUGCACCACCUUCUGCACCUGUUAAAGCUGCAAGUUCAAAGCCAAACUUUGAACUUGAAAAUUGGGAACAGUUCUCAACCCAGAAGUCCUCAAAGAGUAAAAGAAUUGGGGGCCGUGACCUUUUAUCUUUUCGAGGUGUCUCUUUGGAGCAAGAGAGAUUUUCUGUUUGUUGUGGACUGAAAGGAAUUCAUAUUCCAGGAAGACGAUGGAGGAGAAAACUUGAAAUUGUUCAUCCUGUUGAAAUCCAGUCCUUUGCUGCUGAUUGCAAUACAGAUGACCUUUUAUGCGUUCAAAUUAAGAAUGUGUCUCCAGCUCAUAUACCGGAUAUCAUAAUAUAUAUUGACGCUAUAACGAUUGUUUUUGAAGAGGCAUCAAAGGAUGGACUCCCUUCAUCAUUGCCAAUAGCUUGCAUAGAAGCAGGAAAUGAACACAGCUUACCAAAUUUAGCCCUCAGGAGAGACGAAGAACACUCCUUUAUUCUCAAACCAGCAACUUCUAUGUGGAGGAAUAUAAAGGCUUGUGGAGAAAAAAUUUCCCAAUCCUCCCGAUUACAGGCUGGAAAUGCUACAUCAAGUUUGUCCCUUACCUCCAAAACGAUUGAUCAAUAUGCAAUUAUGGUAACAUGCCGGUGCAACUAUACUGAAUCUAGAUUGUUUUUCAAGCAACCAACCAGUUGGCAACCUCGAAUUUCAAGGGAUCUUAUGGUGUCUGUGGCGCUAUCAGGGGAUACCCCUAAACCCAAUGGAAUUGUUUCUCACCUUCCCGUUCAGGUUUUGACACUUCAGGCGUCAAAUUUAACAUCUGAAGAUCUGACCAUGACAGUUCUUGCUCCAGCUUCAUCCACUUCUCUUCCAUCUGUGAUUUCAUUGAAUUCCUCACCAUCAUCACCCUUGAGUCCAUACAUGGUUUUAAAUGAAGUUGCUGGAAGGAUAGGCAGUGAGAAGUAUGGUACAUCAUUGGAAAGGCCAAGAUCAAUCCCUACUGUAUCUGAGAAUAAAAAACACAGUAUUGAUUUUGGAGGCCGGUCGGUUUCUUUUAAAGAACAAUCUUCUCCCAUGUCAGAUAUCAUCCCAAGUGCUGGUUUAGGUUGCUCGCAUCUGUGGCUCCAGAGUAGAGUUCCAUUAGGAUGUAUUCCAUCUCAAUCCACAGCUACCAUCAAACUUGAGCUACUUCCCUUGACUGAUGGCAUAAUUACACUCGACACAUUACAAAUUGAUGUCAAGGAAAAAGGUGCUACGUAUAUCCCCGAGCACUCACUGAAAAUAAAUGCGACCUCCAGCAUUUCUACUGGGAUUAUUUAAGAUGGUUCCUAGUAUCUCACAUUUUAUCUCGACCUCUGGAAGGGUCCAUCCAAUGCCCGUCCUUUUGGCCAUUCUGAAUCAGAAUUUUUAUGGUUUCUAGGCCAAUCAACGACCAUUCGCUCAUUUGCCUUCUCUUUGAGUGUGAUUGAUAUACCCUUAUGGCCAUAUCAAAUUAUCUUGGAUAUAUAGCUUUUAGUCGUGUGUUGUAAGUUGUGUACCUUCGUCUUGGAAAUGGAAUCGAUGUACAUUCUGGAAUGUCAAAAUAUAUAACUUUUAUACCUUUUUCUUUUAAAGAAUUUGAUUGUGCUUCUAGGUUACUGCGCCUAGAAAAUAGUGGAGGAACUGUGAAUUUGCAACUUUUGCUGUGCUCCGUUUUUGAUAUAUUAUUUGAUUGUAAGUUUCUGUUUUUACAUAUAUUCAAACCCAAGACCCUUUUUCAGA